AUGCGGCGUAUCGUUCGACCACUAGAAGCUCUCCUUGUUGAACACAAGCGAAUUAUUGUGAAGGAUUCUUCGGUUAACGCCAUCUGCUAUGGAGCGAAGAUUCUCUUACCUGGUGUUCUACGAUAUGAUGACGGUAUCGAGGUUGGGCAGGAGAUCGUUGUUGUUACUACUAAAGGAGAAGCGAUUUGUAUAGCCAUUGCGCAAAUGACAACAUCAACGAUGGCUUCAACGGACCAUGGUGUAGUAGCUAAAUCGAAACGAGUGAUUAUGGAACGUGAUGUUUAUGGGCGAAAAUGGGGUCUAGGUCCAGUUGCUAGCAAAAAGAAGCAGAUGAUCAAGGAUGGGUUGUUGGACAAGUUUGGCCAACCUAACGACAAAACGCCAUCGAAUUGGAAGGUUGUUGAUUACUCGGCAGAGGUGCCUAAGGUAAAGAAGGAAGUUGAAGUUAAAAAAGAAGCUGAGGAAGCUGUUUCUCCACCAAAAGCGAAGAAGCAAAAGAAAAAGGAAACA